UGCUGGGCACAGAGAGUAGGGUGUGCCGGGUCCAGAGGGCGGCUCUGGCACGGAAGUGACAUGGAUGGGCCGGGGGACACCUGGACUAUAUUCUUCAUCAUCGCCAUCACCAUCGUAGUCAUCGCCUUCCUCAUCCUCACCUUCCGCCUCUGCUACAAGUUCUGCCAAGACCGUGUGCCCCCCCCAGCCUACAGGAUGCCCCAGGGCCCCAUGACCCUCCCAUCUGAUGGAGACUCCCGUGGCCCUGUGCCUCCCCCGCUGGCACCGAUGCCUACGCUCCCCAGUCUGCCCAGUGGGGCCAUCCCAGUGGGGCUGGAGCCCCCACCCUACAGCGAGGUGACAGCGAAGCCCUUCCUGUACCCGCUGCCACUGGGGCCGUGCCCCGAAUGUGGCCACGACCCCAGACCUCAGCCCCCCUUCACCACCCAGACCCAGGGGUGAACCCCCCUCAAGGACAACCUGGUGACAAUGCUCCCCUUCACUGGGGGGGGGACAUGGACCCUUUGAGGCAUCCGGAUGCCUGGGUCCAUGGCCCCCCCCCAUGUCUGUGUCCCCCCCCAUCCCAAACCAUCUCAUUGGGUUC